CCUGUGUCCCAGCGUGACCUGGGCACAACCAGAUGGGAGUAGCAGGGGUGGUGCUAUCAUUGCCAUCCCUUUCUGCCCUGGCAGUGGGCUGUACAUCUAAGAGGGUUGGCAUCAUGUUCCUGACGGAGGUGGCCCUGGGCAAGCCCUACCGCAUCACCCGCGAUGACCCCACGCUGUGUCAGCCGCCUGCUGGCUAUGACAGUGUCGUGGCCUGUGGCCGGACAGAGCCAGAUCCUGCACAGGAUGAGGAGGUGCUGCUGGAUGGCAAGAAAGUGCUGGUGUGCCAGGGCAAGCCCAUCCCCAUGGCUGCCUACAAGGACUCGUCCUUCAGCCAGAGCGAGUACCUCAUCUACCAGGAGAGCCAGUGCCGGAUCCGCUACCUUGUCCAGCUCUGCUUCUGAGGGUGCCUGGCAGCACACGGCCCUGGCGCAGCACCAGGUGGUGACACCCGUCAGCCCAGAGCACAGUGCUCUGGACUCUGCAGCCACCCCACCUGGGGCUUAGCAAGGGACAGGCUGGCACAGGGACUGAGCUUCCUUUGACUGUUAAUAAAAG